AUGAGACAGUCGUGCCACCGCCUGCUCGAACACCAACAGCCCGGCGGGGACGAACCUCCCCUUUACUCUCCCGUCGACCAAAUUACAGCGGUACCUGAUCAUGUGGGCCGGCAGGCCGGCGGCAAGCUGACACGAUAUGCGCCGGCGGAGGAGGACGAGGCUACUCUCAGGGAACUUCUUCUUAGCCUUCAGAGACAGGUGAGCGUGAUGAGCAUGAAUCUGUCUGCCAAGCUGGACGAGCUGCAGAGGGGCGACCGUCAACUUGAGACAACGGUCGCUCUAUGCGAAAUCCGUUCACAGCUCCAGGAACUCACAAAGAGCGUAGAAUCAUGCCAAAGUGAAGUUUCCGAGGUUAAACGCGACAUGGUGGCCAUCAAGCAAGAGUUGGAUACCGUGCAACAAGUGAAGGAAGAAAUAGAAGAACUACGAGAGUAUGUGGACAGACUCGAAGAACACUCGCAAAGACGGAAACUUAGGUUGCUUGAGCAGGGUCUUACGUUUUUCUUAUCCUACGCUAUUUUGGCCGCGGUACUCGGGAUGUUGCAGUUUGGCUACAACACUGGUGUCAUCAACGCUCCUGGCAGAAACAUCGAGAACUUUAUGAAGGAUGUCUACAAAGAUCGCUAUGGCAAAGAUAUCCACGAGGACACGGUGAAUAGGCUGUAUUCGAUAGCGGUCAGCAUUUUCGCUAUCGGUGGUAUGCUGGGUGGAUUCUCUGGAGGGAUGAUUGCUAAUCGAUUUGGAAGAAAAGGAGGCCUCUUGCUCAACAAUAUCCUCGGCAUCGGCGGUGCCAGUCUAAUGGGCUUCACAAAAAUAUCUCACUGUUAUGAAAUGCUCUUUUUCGGUAGAUUCAUUAUAGGCGUCAACUGCGGCUUAAAUACAUCGCUUGUGCCAAUGUACAUAUCUGAGAUCGCACCGCUGAACCUGCGUGGAGGCCUAGGCACUGUUAACCAACUCGCUGUCACCGUCGGAUUGCUGCUAUCGCAAGUACUCGGGAUCGAGCAAAUUCUUGGCACUGAUGAUGGAUGGCCUAUUCUUCUCGGUUUGGCUGUAUGUCCUGCUAUAUUACAGCUUCUCCUUUUACCUGCCUGUCCCGAAUCUCCGCGAUAUCUUUUAAUUACUCGUCAGUGGGAAGAAGAAGCAAGGCGUGCGUUACGAAGACUCCGUGCUAGCAACCAAGUUGAAGAGGAUAUUGAGGAAAUGCGGGCUGAAGAGAGAGCGCAGCAAGCGGAGGCAUCUAUAUCAAUGAGGGAAUUGCUCUGUUCACCGACCCUGCGUGCUCCACUGCUUAUCGGCGUCGUAAUGCAAUUGUCCCAGCAGCUUAGCGGAAUUAAUGCUGUGUUCUAUUAUUCGACAUCGCUCUUUACAUCCUCUGGCUUAACGGAAGAAUCUGCAAAGUUUGCUACUAUGGGCAUUGGUGCUAUAAUGGUGGGCAUGACCUUGGUAUCCUUGCCACUUAUGGAUCGCACGGGGCGCCGCACCCUCCACCUCUACGGCCUCGGCGGGAUGUUUAUCUUCUCCAUUUUCAUCACCAUCUCAUUCUUAAUAAAGGAGUUUUUUGGCUAUGUGCAGGAAAUGAUAGAUUGGAUGAGCUAUUUAUCAGUGGUUUCAACGUUGAGUUUCGUCGUGUUCUUCGCCGUCGGACCGGGCUCUAUUCCUUGGCUGAUAACCGCUGAAUUGUUCUCUCAAGGCCCAAGACCAAGUGCAAUGGCCAUCGCCGUGUUAGUGAAUUGGAUGGCAAAUUUCGUCGUCGGAAUUGGCUUUCCUAGUAUGAAGGCUCUAUUGGAAAACUAUACAUUCCUGCCUUUUAGCGUAUUCCUUGCAAUUUUUUGGAUUUUUACGUAUAAAAAAGUUCCUGAAACCAAAAACAAGACCUUCGAAGAGAUCCUCGCUUUGUUCCGAAAUUCUAAUGGAAGUGUCGGAGCAGUCUUCGGUGGCGGGGGAGGCUCGGCCGCCGCCUCCACUGCCUCCGCCCCGGUUCCCUGCCACGGGCAACGUCUGACAAUGGGAGACCGCUGCGCGUGCGCCCCUAGUCGCGCCCAUCAAGGCCGCCGCCAACUUCUUGUUUCAUGGACUCAAGCGUCAAACGGCGGGCCGCGCCCCUAUCACUACCACACAACAAAUGUUCUAAAUUGA